ACCUAAAAAUAGGAAUAUAUGAUUGACAAGUUCUUCGAUUUCCAUUGUCUAUCCAGAAUUUCUUAUCAAGCACCGUAGAAACCACUGUAUUGUUAUGUUGUCGUCGAUUUCAUUACAUCAUAAUGUUUUGGUUCUCUAGAACUACCGGAUAGCUGGCGUUUUCGCACGAAUUUACACUCUCUGUUAAACCAAGUGCAAAAUCGAACAAAGAGAGACAAAAUAAGACAAUUGGAUGGCCUCAACGUCUUCCCAAGUUAUGGAGGAAGUUUCUUCGUACGAGGAGGAAAUUUUAAGAAAAUUUAACCAUAUUGGACAAGACGAAGAACGGCCAUUUUGGAAACGUGGCCGAAGACGAGUAAAGCACGACAGUUUUUCGUCUGUGGAUAGCAAUUCCUCCAUCGAAUCGCCACAUUCGCCUAAAAUCACCUCACCCCGUAAAUUGGAGGGAAAAAAGAGAGGCAGAAAGCCCUCGCAAAUAGACUUAGAAGCAAAACUUGAGCGCAGUCGCCAAUCUGCUAGAGAGUGUCGGGCGCGCAAGAAGCUUCGCUACAAAUGCUUGGAGGACACUGUAACGAGAAAAGAGAGCGAAGUAUCAAAACUGCGCCAAGAGCUGGACAUGUAUGUCCGCUGGUGCAAAGCCAUCGACCAGGGAGUCUAUCCUAAAGAGUUGCUCAAGUUCUUGAAGACUGAGAAGACUAAGAGUGGAUAAGAGGAAGUGGAUCACAUGGUUUCCAUGGUGGCAUGGUGCAAUCGCACAGUCUGCCACCUCACUGAUGUCUGUGCAGCCUUGUAUGCGUUGCCCCACUACUGGGCCACCACUUUAAUUAAGAUCCUCAAGUGCUUUCCAGAAUGUUAGGUAUACAUACUAAGCCAGAAAAUAAAAUAAAUUGUUAGCACCCAUCCAUCAUAACAUUUCCAGGUCAGUCCCUUUUUUGACUUGACACUUUCUAUAACCAUUCCUAAAGGGAGUAAACAGUGAAUGCUGACAGAACACCAAAUACAUCAGAUGGGUGUGGGUGUUCUAGAAUAAAACACCCAACUUUUGCUUUAUUUCAAUAUUUUUUUCCUGCAAGGAAUAAAUUGAUUGUGAGAACAUCUAAUUUGAUAUGAUGGAUUUAGAGUGAGCUACUUAUUUACAACACAAACAAGUCAAGGCCCAUAGGGUUGAGACAGUAAAAAAGUACUUUUUUAUCUGGCCAUAUCUAAUGUCUUUUUGAUAUGAUAAGCAUAACAACUGCAAAAAAAAAAUAAGGUAAAAGCUAAACCCUAGUACAGUGUUUAUAUACUUUCUUAAAUAACACAGCUGUACAGUGUUAUAUGCAGCUACAGAUUAUCCAUGCUUUGGAAUGUACAAAGCCAGAGCUUAAGGAAUAUAAUGUUAGCAUCCAAUGGAUAGGAAGGUAGAUUAUGCAAAAUCUGGACAGCAUGUUGACUGAGAUUUUGACCUUGGUCGAUUGUAAGACUAGAUCCACAAAUGCUUGAAGUAACAUAACUCUCUACCAUUUACCUAUUGCAGACAAUUGUGGUUUAGAACAGUAUUUGUCGUCAUAAAAUGUUUUACUGAAUAUGGAUCAAACAUUAGCCAUACAAAGAUUUACAGCUGCUAAACUGUUGUAUGCAAACUUAUGGCAGUUUAUAUAACGUGCUUUCAAACAGCUUUGGUUGCUGAGGUACACAUUGUACUGUAAUUUUCCAGUGCAAGUAAAAUCUGUCCCUAUCUGCAAAUUGUAAUUGUCUAUAUAAUAUUAUUGUUUAGCCAAAACAUGUAGAGCCUUGACUCUGAUUGUGUGAAACAAUAAAUUAAUGAAAAUA